AUGGAUAUUGAAUCUGCAUUUAAGAAAGGCAUUAGGACUUGGGCUCGUUGGGUCAAUCGCCAUGUUGAUGCGACCAAAACAACGAUCUUUUUUCGUAGCAUAUCGCCACAACACCAGUGUUACAAUGAAACACAACCCAUCAUGGAUGAAUCCUUUGUGUAUGCAUUUCCUAAGCCAAUGAAGGACAUUAUUGACAGAACCAUUGGAAGCAUGAAAAUACCAGUUAGAUACCUGAACAUUACAAAGCUGUCAGAGUAUAGAAGAGAUGCACAUCCAGCUCUGUAUGCAAGAAACCAGGAAAAGCUUUUGAAAAGUGGCAUGCAACUGCAACAAAAGAAGUCUCUUCCCGAUUGCAGCCAUUGGUGUUUGCCUGGUCUACCUGAUACAUGGAACAGGCUCUUGUACGCAUCCUUGGUCUUGGACACUUCAAUUUCCUGA